AUGUCGGCUCAAUCUCCUCAUCCCCCCACCCCUAAGGCUUCGCGCAACAACCGCCGCCCUCAGAAGAAGAAUACGACUCCUCACGCCCAGAAAUCGGCGCUUCUCUCUACUCCUCCAUCAUCCCCGCCGCAUAGCAUGAGCCCCGGUGUCAUCCCGAUGGAUCCCUCAACCAACUUCAGCUCUUCAAAGAAGAAGCCUAUGCGUUCAGGGAAGAAGUCCAGAGACAGUAAGGCUUCACCUGCCCCGCACUCUGGGUACCACAGCAAUGGCUACAAUAGCGGUCCCCGACACACACCAACUCACCCCUCUGUCACCUCUCCCCAGACAAAGAGCGCAGCCUACGCGGGACCGACGUUCCAUGCAUCGCCUGCGCCAUCUGCUUUACCCAUUCCGAGCUUCUUCUCCAAGUCGGCUCCUGAUGCCAAUUUGGUCCCACCCAUCGAGACCGAUAGUGACGAUGCGGAAGUGGACCCCGAACCAGAGGUGACUCCGUCCAAACCUCGCAAUCGCAACAACCAAUUUAAGAGUGAAGAGCAGAAGCCUUCCCCUCUUGACUUCCUUUUCAAGGCUGCUGUGCAAGCCAGAGACCAGAAAUCCACGAGCAGCCCUGAGGUGAACAAGGUCAUUCAGUCUCCUCAGACCGAACCCCGGGCCGUGCGCCCCAAUCCUGAUGGCGUGUUCCCAUUUGAAAUGGGAAACUCUGAUUACAAUCGCAACCCUCACAUUGGCCCUUCUUUCGCUCCUUCCUACCAGGACCGUAUGAAUGCGCUGCGACCCUCGGGUACCCCUCAGUCCUCUGACAUGUCUGAGGAGGAGCGACGGAUCAAGACUGAGGAGUUAAAGCACCUGUUACUCAACCCACCUCCACAGAAGCCGCCUUCCUCAGCUUACGCCUCCCCCGACUACGCCGGAUCCUUUGGGCCCCGUCCUUCCAAUUUGACCAUGUCGCAUAGCUCAUUCUCUCCCCACCAGCUGCAGCAGCAGCUUCCUCAGAACAGCGGACGCCCCCAAUACCAAUACCCCGCCCAUUCUCACUCACCUCUGCGCCGUGAAGUUGACCUCGUGCCGCCUCCUUCGAUGCCUCAGUAUCGUGGCCCAGCCUCGAACAGCACUUCCAACGGAGGUUCCCCGGCGCCGUAUGGCAAUCCUUACAUGGCAACAUCCCAGCGCCACCGGUCUGGCUAUGCUUCCCCGCAACAAAGCCAUUCGUCGGCUUCAUUCCAGUUGCCUCUCAACUCGCCAUCACCUUCUCGGGUCGUGGACACUCAACAAAUUGAGAAUGAUAUCCGGCGGGUUUUGAAGCUGGAUACCUCGGGACCUCCGGUCACUCAGAGCUUCGCAUAG